AUGUGUUGUAACUACUAUGGCAAUGGCUGUGGCUAUGGCUCUGGCUAUGGCUGUGGCUAUGGCUCUGGCUAUGGCUGUGGAUAUGGCUCUGGCUAUGGCUGUGGAUACGGCUCUGGCUAUGGCUGUGGAUACGGCUCUGGCUAUGGCUGUGGCUAUGGCUCUGGCUAUGGCUGUGGCUACGGCUCUGGCUAUGGCUGUGGAUACGGCUCUGGCUAUGGCUGUGGAUACGGCUCUGGCUAUGGCUGUGGAUACGGCUCUGGCUGUGGAAGUGGCUGUGGAUAUGGCACCUACUACAGGUCUAGCUGCUGUGGAUACCAACCAUCUUGCUACAGAAGAUGCUAUUCCUGCUGCUAG